AUGCUUCUCAGCCUGGGACUGGGCGCCCUGCUCGGCGUGGCCACAGCGCAGUUUCCCCCUACACCUGAGGGGGUGACCGUCGUCAAGUCUAAGCUACAUGAGAAUGUAUCCAUCUCAUUCAAGGAGCCCGGAAUAUGUGAAACAACACCUAAUGUCCGGUCAUAUUCGGGCUAUGUCCAUCUCCCACCCGGCUUUCUGGAUGACGACAUAGGGGACAGACAGAACUACCCCAUGAACACAUUUUUCUGGUUCUUUGAGGCGCGCAAGGACCCCAAGAACGCGCCCCUCGCCAUCUGGCUCAAUGGCGGUCCCGGCGGCUCCUCGUUCAUGGGGCUUCUUGAGGAACUUGGCCCCUGCUCGGUGGCCUCGGACUCCAAAACUACGAUUUUGAACCCUUGGAGUUGGAACAAUGAGGUCAAUCUCUUAUUCCUCGACCAGCCCAUGCAGGUUGGCUUUUCCUACGACGUCGCUACUAACGGCACCUUAAUCGUAGACUACAACGCGGUAGACACGACGAUUGUGCCAGGGGAUUUCUCGAUAGAGACACCUGAAUCGAACUUCACACAUCGUGUUGGUACAUUUGCGAGUCAGGAAUUAUCACAGACCGCGAACAGCAGUGCGCUUGCGGCGCAUGCUUUAUGGCAUUUCGCCCAAACCUGGUUCUUCGAGUUUCCUCAUUACAAGCCCGUUGAUGAUCGCAUUUCUCUCUGGACUGAGAGCUAUGGAGGUCACUAUGGGCCGGCGAUCUUCGAUUUCUUCCAGGAACAGAAUGACCGGCUUGCGAAGGGCACCGCGGAAAGUGGUGCACAGUAUCUGCAUCUCGACACACUGGGCAUCGUGAAUGGUCUUAUUGAUGCUGUGGUCCAAGGAGAAUCUUAUAUUACCAUCGGGUAUAACAACACAUAUGGCCUCGAAAUUUUCAACCAGUCGCUUUAUGAUUCACUGAUGCACGAGUGGGCACGUCCCGGGGGCUGUCGCGACAGAGCUAUAGCAUGUCAAGCAGCGUUGAAAGACUGGGACUCUAUUGCUGGGAGGGGAAAUAUCUCCGAGAUAUGCAAAGACAUCGAUUUAGAUUGUGAGGGAGGUGGUACUGCUCGAUACCAGCAGCUGAACCGCAGUUGGUAUGAUAUUUCGCAUCCCAAAAACGACCCUUUUCCAGCGCAUCAUAUGCUGGGCUACCUGACCCAAGAGUCCGUGCUACAGGCCCUCGGCGUCCCUGUGAACUUCACCGAAGCAGCCCCCGUCGUCCACAAACAGUUCGAGAAGACCUACGAGUAUGCAUUCCCAACCACGUUUUCUCAACCGUAUACUCAGCCACAGACUAACAUACCCAGCAUCACGCGCGGCGGAUUCCUCGACUCGAUAGCCCACCUGCUUGACAGCGGCGUCAAGGUGCACAUGAUGUACGGCGAUCGCGACUACGCCUGCAACUGGGUCGGCGGCGAAAAGGCCAGUCUUGCAGUGCCGUAUUCGCGCGCUGCAGAGUUCGCCAACACCGGGUAUUCUCCCUUAGUCACAUCCGAAGGUGUCAAGGGCAUGACUCGCCAACUGGGCAAUUAUAGCUUCACACGCGUCUACCAGGCAGGUCACGAAGUACCGGCGUAUCAGCCGGUCGCGGCGACCAGUGGCCCGAAGGAUACUUGGCAUAUUAAGAAUAUUGCUCCUCCAACGCCGGAGCCGAGGUGCUAUGUCUUGAAUCCGGGGACGUGUCUUCCCGAGGUGUGGGAGAGGGUUGUGGCUGGGAAUGUCACUGUGAAGGACUUCUUUGUGGUGGAGGAUGGUGGGAAUGAUGGUAUGGUCGGUUGGCCUCAGGAUACUGGCCAGGUUGUUCUUGGGGGAAUGUGA